AUGCUAAACAGUUCUUUGUGUUUUAAUCUCUUAACUGUGGCGUUAAAACGUCAGCAGAAAUUACAACCAAAGGGAGCUCCUCGCCAAUUGGAGGGUGAAGGCCUCAAGGAGGCCGAAGAAACUUUAGAUUUCUCACUGAAGAAAUUGGCCACUGGUGAAAAUGCAAUUAAUUAUAAGAUUUCCAAGGUCAAUUCGGCAAGCAAACAAACGGUCUCGGGCACUUUGUAUCGAAUCAAUGCUGAUAUCAUUGAUGGCGAUGAAAUAACUAAAAAAUGUGAUAUCAGUAUUUGGUCACGAGCAUGGCUGCAAAAUGGUAUUGAAGUCACUUUUAAGUGUAACAAUGAUCAGGAAGUAUUCACUCGCCAGCACAGUGCCUAA